AUCAUACAAGUAUGAAUUUGAACUUCGUCAAUAUCCUUCUUCUUUCUCUAUGCCCUUGCACUUUGCCUUUAUUUCAACCUGUUAUUUUGUAAGAAUUAUGGAAAAUCAUCAAACAAUGAGUGAGAAGUUUGAGAAAUUCACAUGGACCAUCAACAAUAAUUUCUCCGUGCUGGUGGAGUUUGAUAAGUACCAGUUUGUUUUUGGUGGCUAUACAUGGAGCAUUUCUGUGGCUAUAGAUGAGAACCGCCUUAUGGAUUUUAUCUUGGAUGUUGUUGAUUGGAUUCAAGGACACAGCAUCACUGCAAAUUUCAAGUUCUCUGUUGUUAAUCAGAGGGUUGACACACUCGUAAAAUCAAUAGCAAUAGGUAUCUAUGUUUUUUAUGUUUAAGUUCUCUGAGUUAAUCAACACAAUAGAAUUUUAUCUCAAAUAUAAUUUGAAAUUGAAUAAAAUAAAAUAAAAUUAAAUAAGCAUGAAGAUUAAGAUUUAAGAUUCUUUUACUAUUAGCUCCCAAUUUUUAAUUUAGUCAAAGUUUUCUUCUUACUAUGCAAGAUGGACAAGU